UGGGGCGCGGGGCCGGGAGCCCUGCCGGCUCUCAUUAGUCAGCCGCGCGGGGAGGAGCCGGCUGACCUUACACUGACUGGCCCGGCCUCUGCGGCCAUUAGAGCUCAUCCCUCGGUGGCUGCGCUGCCUCCCAGUCCUCGAGCCUCAGGCCUUUACGCAGCAGAUAAACCGAACUCCAGCCUGAAAUUGAGGGUCCACGGCAGGAAAAAAGAUGAGAGCGUCCAUCCCAGAGCCCAAAGUUGGAGACCUGAUUGAGAUUUUCCGCCCUUUCUACAGACACUGGGCCAUCUACGUUGGCGAUGGAUACGUGGUCCACCUGGCACCCCCAAGUGAAAUGGCGGGAGCGGGCGCGGCCAGCAUCAUGUCCACCCUGACUGAGAAGGCCGUGGUGAAAAAAGAGCUGCUGGAUGACGUGGUCGGGAGAGACAGGUACCAGGUCAAUAACAAACACGAUGACAAGUACUCGCCGCUGCCUCCCAGCAAGAUCGUCCAGCAGGCGGAGCAGCUGGUGGGCCAGGAGCUGCCCUACUCGCUGCCCUGUGAGAACUGCGAGCACUUUGUGAACGAGCUGCGCUACGGAGUCGCCCGCAGCGAUCAGGUCAGAGACGCCAUGGUGGCGGCUGGCAUCGCCGGCGUGGGCUUGGCCGCCGUGGGCCUCAUCGGAGUCAUGUUCUCCAGAAACAAGCGGCAGAAGCAAUGAGUGGGAAGGGACCGUCCCAGCAGCAGUGACUUUUGUACACUCAGGGGGUCUUGUCGGGCCGGAGGUGUUGAGGUUUCGGUUUGCGGAUUUCAUGCUGUUUGAUGAUAAGGCUUAUUUUCGCAGGAUAAAAUAAAGCCCAGUGAGGGAGGAUUUUGCUGGAGGAAAUACA